GGGUAAGCCACAGCAAUGUCCAACCGAGGGCUCUUUUCGCAGCCUUCGCUUGCAUCACCCCUCGCGGUCAGGCUCCCAGUCCUCUCAGCCACCAUGAGUGCCGAGCAAGCCCCUGCUGUUGUGCCCGAGACGCUCCUCAAGAAGCGCAAGAGGGACGAGCAAUGGGCUGCUGCCAAGUCCUCGCAGCUUGCCGCUGCCAAGUCCCGGAAUGCUAAAAACCGAACCCUCAUUUUCAAGCGUGCUCAGCAGUACCAGGAGGAGUAUCAGAGACAGGAGAAGGAAUUGAUAAGCUUGAAGAGGGAGGCUAAGCUCAAGGGUGGAUUCUAUGUCGAGCCUGAGCCCAAGCUUAUGUUCGUCGUCCGUAUCCGUGGUAUCAAUGACAUGCACCCCAAGGUCAGGAAGAUCAUGCAACUGUUGAGGCUGAGGCAGAUCUUCAAUGGCGUAUUCAUGAAGGUGAACAAGGCUACCGUGAACAUGUUGCGCAGGGUUGAGCCAUACGUCACUUAUGGGUAUCCCAACUUGAAAACUGUCCGGGAGUUGAUCUACAAGCGUGGUUACGGCAAGCUUAACAAGAGCCGCACUGCCUUGACCGACAACAGCAUCAUUGAGGAGGCACUUGGAAAGUACGGUAUCAUCUGCAUUGAGGAUCUCAUUCAUGAGAUUUACACAGUCGGCCCCCACUUCAAGGAGGCGAAUAACUUCUUGUGGCCUUUUAAGUUGAGUGCCCCUCUUGGUGGUCUCACGAAGAAGAGGAAUCACUACGUGGAGCAUGGUGACGCUGGCAACCGAGAGGCUAAGUUGAACAACCUCGUCCGUCAGAUGAACUAGAGUUCUGGUUUUUCACCUAUGCCCGACGGGCAUCAUUAACUAGUAAACCUUGUCCCAAAUUCCGAGGUUUUAAUUUUGCUUCGUGUGAUUUUUGGAUCCA